AUGCUUCACGUGCUGCGAGCGGCCUCCAGGAGCUGGUUGAGCCAGAUUGAGAUCCACUUCGACAGCCUUGAGAAGAGGGCCGUCCCUGUAAAGCGCUUCACUCCGCAGUGGUUUCAAGCGCAGUCAACGACGGUCUCAACCCUCAAGGAUAUCCUCGUUCUUGAGCGCUCGGGUGGAGUUGCACCUUCCUGUCCAAUCGAUUCCUGGUGCUCGGGUGCCUUCCAGGAUGGCGCUAGCGGGGCGGUGCUCCUGGUCUGCGAUGAGGAGCUCGGGGAUUCGCUCUUCGACCGCUGUGUGGAGCUGCCCGUGCCGGGGAGCGCCCGCGAGGCCGAGGCCCUGACGAUCCUGAGGUCCCUGAUCCAGGCGACCGUGGACUUGGACUCCCUCGGUAUGGUGCACGGCCGCAUUCGGGCCGAGAACACGUGGCUCCAGCACCUUCCCAACGGGGACUGCAAGGUUUUGCUGUCUGACUUCGGGGAGUCGCGCAGCCUGGAGGAGCAAGGCAGCGAUGCCAUGUUCGUGGCUCCUGAGCUGGUCGAGGGCCAAAGCACGACGCCCACCCACGCCGGGGAUCUCUUCUCCUGUGGCGUUUUGGGCUACGCAUUGGCCAUGGGCCGGUAUCCGUGGCCUCUCGCCGCAUCUCAAUCCUUGUGCUAA